GGACCCGCGCCGUCCGCCGGCUCGGCUGAGACCCCCCCCUCCACUCCCACCCCGUGCCUAGCGACCCCACCCUGGGGCUGCGCGAUCCAGUCGGUCUCGCCCUGCCUGCUCCGCGCAUUUUGCUGCCUCUGAGACCCCUGCUUCUACCCGCGGCUCGGGCCCCAGGGACGCGGACUCCCAGCCCGAGGGCCCUGGUCUGCCCCCACACCGGGUCCGCUGGGAUAGGGCUUCUCCCGUCCCCCUUCUUUCAUCAACUUCCCCUGCCGCCCUCGGGGGCACGUGUAAAGGGAAGUCGGGGGCCGGGCUGCAGCCUCUGUUUCCGGAGCGUCUUGGAAAGCCCAGAAGAACCCCUCCCAAGGGCCCAAACCGACCUGGGCGGAAGAGCCCCCAGUUCACCCCCAAUAUCUGUGCCUGGUGGGAAACAGGCCCCUCCCUAUUCUACAGUUCACAAUCCUGGGAACUACACCCCCCUGGAAAAAAAAAGAAAAGAACUAAAGUCAUGUGCAAGGAUUGUGCUUGGAGAAUGGCCUCUGGAGAGAGAAAGUGCUGGAGACACCUGAGGAUCCAAGAAUGUUUCCAAACAAAGAGCCCCAGGGCAUUUCCUCCAGGGGUUUCUGAAAACUUCCUCUGCUCCAUUAGGGCGGUAGGAAGAAGCUGCACAGAUGCGCCUCCUGGCCCCAGGGACCUGCCUUAUCCCAACUGAUCUUUUAAUGCUCCAGUGCAGCUGGGGAGCUGCCUCUGGGAGCCCUCAGUGGUGGGUUGGGCAUUAGAUAUUAGUCAAGGUAAUUUCCACAGCUUCUUCAGAGAAGCCUGGGAUACCUUGGGUGUUCCCAGACAGCUCCAUCUGGACUGUACCAAGGUCUGCGGCCCUCCAAACUCUUAUUAGGACAGAUCAAACCUUUAGUGUCCACCUUAUUAACCACCUAGCUUGGAGCCUUUGGCUCCCACUGUCAGACUCUGGCCUCUUGGUCUGACUGCCUGGCCCCCUGCCUGCCUGAUUGCUUAGAGAUGUGUCAUUAGUACCUGCUACUCAUCAUCUUUUUAGUUUCUGUUGGAGAGUCUGGCUCUUUCCCUGGGGUUCUCCAUGACUCUGUUGCUAGGAAUCGGACCUCUGAGUCGCCUGUCUGGGGCCUCUAAAAGCAGAACUUAUGGUGGGCAGGGAAGUUCAUCCUUGGACACCUGAACAGCAGCAGCUGGAGGAACCGAAAUGGGUGUGGACUUUGGGUGUAAUUGGGCCCUUUGGCCAGCAUUCAAGGCUUGUGUUGCCCUGCUUUUACCUGUUUUUCCCACUAGAUCUCCCAGCCUUGACCACAGACUCCAGUCACACCAAGUGUGCCUUACUGUUUCUCACUUCAGAGCCAUUGCGUGCCAAGCGCUGGUUUGCGGAUACCCAGGCAGAUCUGCAGUGCCUAAUGCCAUGAGCGUGGUAGUGCAGCAUGUGGAGGAGAAAGCUGUGCACUCCUGGUCGAGGAUCUCCACAGCAGGGAAAAAGGCCCUGGAGGAGGCGCUGCUUGUCUUUAACCCCAUGAGCCAGGAUCUCAGUGCCACAGAGGCCCAGCUUGUGGCCUUCCUGCAGGGCCUGCGAGAUGAUGGCUUCCAACCUACCGUCCUGCGCAGUGGUGAUGUCUAUGGCUAUAGUUCGUGUACAGCCAACCCCCCAAGCCAGACAAAGCUACAAGCUCGUGCCCCAACCCCAGCUGCCACAUCACCCCCAGCCAGUGCUCCCCGAACUGCCACGCGGCUGCCUGCAGGCCGGGCCACGCUGCUCCCCAUGCCACUGUCUGGCAGGCUGGCCAAAGCAUCCACACCAGCCCUUGCCAAGCAUGCUACCACCAACCUGCUGCUGAGCUCCCUGAAGCAGUCAAGUGCCAGCCAUGCCCAGGGUGCAGCAGUCGGUUUCCCUGCCCACCUCUAUCCAGGUGUCUACCCUGCCAUGCGGCUCUCCGUCGUCCUUGAGGCCCUGGUUCCACUCAAAACUCCCAUGCCCUGCUUGGGUGCCAAGCACAAGGCACAGUCACUGCAGCUCUCGCUUGUAGACUCUCCACUGAAGCUGCGGAAAGGUCCAGGGAAGGGGCCGGGGAACUCCCGGCCCAAAGCUCCCAGAAAGGCCACAAGCAAGGGCCCCAAGUGUCUGACACGCAAAGGCCCCAGGGCUGGACCCCGGCAAGGCACUGGGCCCCAGAACAAGACCUACAAAGCCACUGGGUCCCUCGGUAAUCUGCGAAUGAAAGGUGGCUCUACUCUGGGCACCAAAACAGCCCAGGCCAAGGCAGCUCGAACAGUAGCCAAAGCUGCUCGUGUCCAGGCCAAGGUGGCUCGAACACAGGCCAAGACUGCCAAGGCCAGAGCAAAAGCCAAGACAGCACAGAUCAAGGCCAAAGCCAAGGCAGCACAGAUCAGGGCCAAGGCUAAGGUGUCACGGAUCAAGGCCAAAGCCAAGACAGCGCAGGCCAGGGCCAAAGCCAAGGCUGUGUGGGCCAAGGCCAAGGUGGUUCGGACCCAGCCCAGGGGCAGGGGCAGGCCAAAAGGGUCUGUCCAGGCCAGGACUGCAAGGAGGGGCCAGAAAGGCCACCCUGAGACUGGGGGACAGAAGAGGAAAAGGGCUGAGGAGGCAAAGGAUCUUCCUCCCUGGAAGAGAACAAGGCUUGGGCCCCGAUCCCCUAAGGCAUGGUUAGGGCCUGGAACAGCAAAGCUGCUGAAAUUCCGGGUCAUCAAGGUGGACAGGCGGUCCUCGGACGAUGAGGUGCGGCAGCGGGCUCAGCGGAUCCUCCGUGUGAACCUAUCCCCUGUAAUUCGGCUCCAGCCAUUGCUGCCGUACUCGGUACCCUGAUUCCUUCACAUAGCUGUGUUUGGGGAAAUUGAGCCCAACUGUCUGUGUAGCGAGUGACACAGGGUGCAAUGCCCAUGGACUCCACAACCCCAAGGACUCCAGGUGCCUCUCCAGGGCCCCGAGAGCCACCAGCCUCCUUUCAGAGAUUGAAAGAUGUGGGGUGGGGAUGGGUGGGCGGGAGAGGGUGUUCUCAUGGCGCAAUGCGCUGUGACUUGUUACUCUUCAAGUUGUACGUCCACUAUUCCAUCUAUCACGUUUUAUACCUUUCCACCUUCCAGUCUCCCUGCCCACUCUCCAUGGUAUUUUUUGUGUGUGUGACUGUGAUAGGCCAGCUUGAGCAUAUAGGAAAAGUGGCCUCAGGAACAGGGCUGCCAGAGAGGGUCCUGAUAGCCUGGGGCAGGUCGCUGAUGUGAGUGAUGGGAUGGUGUGGGAAGGGGCAGCUCCCAGGCCUCUGGAUAUUCUGGCCUCUGGGUGUGUGAGAGGCAGCCCCUGAGGGCAGGAGCAGAGCUACUCUGAGGUGGGACACCUCCCCUUGGAGCUGCCCUGGUUUGUUAUCCAGAUAGGCCCCAUGCAGGAGGACAGUAGGUAGCUCUGUGGGGAACCUUGCAGCCAGCAGGUUUUUAGGUCAGGGAAGGGGGGUUUUCUGCAACUGCUCCCUGGGGGCAGAGCAGACAGCCUGGCCGUGUCUCCUAAAAGCCCGUGUAGCUGAAACCUUGGGGUUUUGUCUGGGCUUGUCUGGAGCAGGGCCAGGCCUAAACUGGCUGAUGUACCUCUGCCUCUCCUCGCCUCUGCUCCUUUCAAGAAUGACUAGCCUCUACUUCCCCAGUUGGUGGCAAGGGGUUGGGAGUUGAGUCAGGGGCCAGGGCUCUGGGUUGUAGGGCCGCAGAAUCUGCCCUCACUGACCAAGGAAUUUUCUCAUUGUAUGGGUGAGGUGCUCUGUAGCUGAGCCAGGAGAGUUUCCAUGACAUCCUUGCUCCAUCAGCAGUGCUUUCUACCUGGGUUCCAAGUGCUCUGUCUAUUCCCAGGUCCAACCUCAUCAUGCCUCCCAACAGGGGCCUGUAUGUUUCAGACGUUAUCAGCUCUUAUUGCUUUGGAGAGGGGGCUGGGCCCUGAACCCUAAAUAAAAGUAGUUCCCUGUCCAUCUGCCAGUCCUUUGCCUGCUGCCCAGCCUGAGUGGCUGGGGCUGGGGCUGGUGGGGAGGGGGACACAUUCCCCAGAGGCUCCUGGAGACAACAGCCUUUCAGAGCUAGGGGUAGGAGCCUCAUUUGAAUGAGAAUCUGAUCUUUUCUGUCACUGCGGGUUAGUCUGAACCUUGGCCCCACUAGCAGCGGCUGUAUUGGAUGGUGGACCUGUAGAGAAGCUCUGUGUGCUUCUUGGUGCAUCCCUCCCCACUUUUCUUGUGCAUCUAUUAAUAUCCUUCCCCUGGGCGCGGCCUCCCUUUGUUCCCCAGGCUCUGGGGACCCCCUCACUCCCAACUGCAAUGUAGCCUAAUAACCGUG